AUGACCUUCACCGUCGCUAUCAUGUACCCCAACCCCGAGCAUGUCGAAUUCAACGACGACUACUACAUGAAGACCCACAUGCCUCUCGUCGAGAAAUCCUGGAAAAGCUUCGGCCUGAUCAGCUGGCGCGUCAACAAGUUCCCCGCUGCGCUCGACGGCUCCCGUUCUGAGUAUCUGAUUCAGGCUACCCUUGAGUGGGAGAGUGAGGACGCUUUGAAGGCUGCCCUGGGAUCCCCCGCCAGUGCCGACGUGUUUGGCGACAUUCCCAAUUUCACCAACGUGAAGCCUAUCUCUUUGAAGGGUGUCACUCUCUAA